CUCCCCGCUGCAUCAUCAUCACAACACGGAAGCAGUAGACACACUGUGGGGGGGACAGGAGAGGCUGCACACACAGACAGCGAGGUUAACACAGGUACAAAACAGCUCUAAAGAGAAACAGACAGGGGUGCAGGAAAAGGGGGUGCAGAUAUAUUAAAGCAGACAACCUUAAGAUCGGCACAGAGAGAGCGGAGCAUCAUGGCGCUGAUCCCCUCGCAGGUUCUCCGGGUCGCCAUCCUGAUGUCUUACUUCUCCAUCCUCUGCCACUACAAAGCCUUAGACAUGCCGGCACACCAGACCUACGGGGGCAGCUGGAAGUUCCUCACCUUCAUAGACCUGGUGAUCCAGGCGGUGUUCUUCGGUCUCUGUGUCCUCAUCGAUGUCUCCAGUCUGCUGACUAAGGGCGGCGACAGCAGGGAGCAGGAGCGUCAGCUGAGGAAGCUGAUUGGCCUGAGGGACUGGAUGAUGGCUGUGCUGGCCUUCCCUGUCGGAGCGUUUGUGGUGUUUACCUUCUGGAGUCUGUACCUGUACGACAGAGAACUGGUCUACCCCAAACUACUGGACAACUUCAUCCCUCAGUGGCUCAAUCACGGCAUGCACACCACUGUUCUUCCUUUCAUCAUCAUCGAGAUGAGGACCACCCACCAUCGCUAUCCCAGCAGGUCUUCGGGUCUGGUGGCGGUGUGCUGCUUCGGCGUCGGAUACAUCCUCUGGACGUGUUGGGUGCACGAGGUGACGGGCGUGUGGGUGUACCCGGUGCUGGAGCGCAUCACUCCGCUGGCUCGGGUCGCCUUCUUCAGCGCCAUGACCGCGGUGAUCUGUGUUUUCUACACGCUCGGAGAAAUCCUCAACAGCUACAUCUGGGACAAGCAGCAGACUGAUAAAGUCAAAGGUGAGUGACCGUCUCUCCCGUCUGUGUGGGCAUGGAUAAGCCCCGCCUCCAGAAGAGGACGAGCUAAGCCCCGCCCACCCAGGACAGCACAAGAACAGGAAAAACAAGCGACCUCUCCCGGAAGUGGAAACAACAAUAAUCUUUGAACUUUACUCAUAACAAUAACUUAGACAAAGACAGAAAAUCCUCUCUUCAUUUUUUUUUUUUUUUUGAUGUUUUGUCGUGUCAUAGGUUCAAGGUUGCGUCGGCGUUUGUGUUGUGGAGGACUUUGGACAAACGCACAAAACAUACAUUGACUCAUAAUGUGAACAUAUUAACAGACACGCUGUAUUUGUAAAUGAAGGAUUUCUUUCAGAAGCUGCAGCAGAACGUCAUUAUUAUUCAUCUCAUGAGCGACACUACAUGUACGGAGGAAACUUGAUGUUGGUACAAAAUCAAUAAAGUUUGAGUGGAAAAUGUU